AACUCUCCACCGAAGUCCAUACCAUUCAUUCAUCAACGCUCUUUCGCUCCGCGUUCAUUGCAAGUCUCAACCCUCUUUAUCUCUCUCUCUCUAAAACCUUGGUUUCUUCCUCACGAAUUCUAGGGUUUUGAGCUCAGAUCUGCUAGAAUUCUGUGAAGAUGACGACUAUGGAGAGUCUCAUAGGACUAGUUAAUCGGAUACAGAGGGCAUGUACUGCUCUCGGAGACUACGGUGGCGGCGACAACGCCUUCUCGUCUCUUUGGGAUGCUCUUCCCUCCGUCGCUGUUGUCGGUGGACAGAGCUCUGGAAAAUCUUCGGUAUUGGAGAGCAUAGUUGGGCGAGACUUUCUUCCUAGAGGAUCCGGGAUUGUCACAAGGCGGCCUUUGGUGUUGCAGCUGCACAAGACAGAGGAUGGACAGCAGGAGUAUGCUGAAUUUUCUCAUCUGCCACGAAGGAAAUUUUCUGAUUUUGCCGUGGUUCGCAAGGAGAUUCAGGAUGAAACUGAUAGAAUAACAGGGAAGUCAAAACAGAUUUCCCCUGUUCCUAUUCAUCUCAGUAUCUACUCUCCAAAUGUUGUCAACUUAACCUUAAUUGAUUUGCCUGGUUUAACGAAAGUUGCUAUUGAGGGACAACCUGAAAGUAUCGUUGAAGAUAUUGAAAACAUGGUUAGAACUUAUGUUGAAAAGCCUAACUGCAUUAUACUAGCAAUAUCUCCAGCCAAUCAAGAUAUUGCGACAUCAGAUGCCAUCAAACUUGCUAGGGAAGUGGAUCCAACGGGUGAUCGCACAUUUGGGGUGUUGACAAAGUUAGAUUUGAUGGAUAAAGGAACCAAUGCAUUGGAGGUUCUUGAAGGAAGAUCUUACCGUCUGCAACAUCCCUGGGUUGGAAUUGUGAACCGUUCACAAGCCGAUAUAAAUAAAAAUGUUGAUAUGAUUAUUGCGAGGCGAAAAGAGCGCGAAUACUUUGCUUCGAGCCCUGACUAUGGACACUUAGCCAGUAAAAUGGGUUCAGAGUAUCUUGCAAAACUUCUCUCAAAGCACCUGGAGACUGUAAUUAGGGCUCGAAUACCAAGUAUCACAUCUUUGAUUAACAAAAGCAUUGAAGAACUCGAAUCUGAGAUGGACCACCUUGGUAGGCCUAUUGCUGUUGACGCGGGGGCUCAACUAUACACUAUCUUGGAACUUUGCCGUGCAUUUGAUCGGAUAUUUAAGGAGCAUCUGGAUGGCGGGCGACCUGGGGGUGAUCGGAUUUAUGGAGUUUUUGACAAUCAGCUUCCAGCUGCUUUAAGGAAGCUUCCAUUUGAUCGCCAUCUUUCUCUGCAGAAUGUAAGAAAAGUUGUUUCUGAGGCAGAUGGUUACCAACCACAUCUGAUUGCACCUGAGCAAGGUUACCGACGCCUCAUUGAUGGGGCAUUAAAUUAUUUCAGGGGCCCAGCUGAAGCUUCGGUGGAUGCUGUUCACUUUGUCUUGAAGGAACUUGUGAGAAAGUCAAUUGGAGAAACUCAAGAAUUGAGGCGGUUUCCUACCCUGCAAGCUGAAAUUGCUGGUGCUGCCGGUGAAGCCUUGGAAAGGUUUCGGGAGGAAAGUAAGAAGACAGUUAUUAGAAUGGUGGACAUGGAAUCUUCAUACUUGACUGUGGAUUUCUUCCGGAAACUUCCCCAGGAAGUGGAUAAAGGUGGGAACCCAGUUGCCACGAACGUGGAUCGCUAUGCAGAGGGACACUAUAGGAGGAUAGGUUCAAAUGUGUCGUCUUAUGUGUUUAUGGUCUCUGAGACACUCAAGAACACAAUUCCUAAGGCAGUGGUUUUUUGUCAAGUUAAGGAGGCUAAGCAAUCUCUACUCAAUCGUUUCUACACACAAAUUGGCAGGAAAGAGGGUAAGCAACUGGCACAAUUGUUGGAUGAAGACCCAGCAUUGAUGGAAAGGAGGCAAGAAUGUGCUAAAAGGCUUGAAUUGUACAAGUCAGCCAGGGACGAGAUCGAUUCUGUAUCAUGGGUUCGAUGAGAAAAUGCACAUGUUAUGAUGCUUUUCUUGUAGGAUACGACGUAACCUCAUUAUACAGAUGAUUCCAAGCUUCUGCUGGUUGUUGAAUUAUUGAACAGGUGAAAUUUUUUCUACAUUGUUGUGUAAUUUCUUCCGAUAUUUAUAUUUAAUUGAUUGUUGGGUUGCA